AUGAGAGUUGUCGUCGCCAGCUGUAGUCGAACGGGGACUUUGGGUCUUUAUCUCGCUAUGAAAUCCCUAGGCUUUGCUCCCUAUCACCUUGCUGAAGUGUUGCAUAAACACGGAAUACAGCAUAUGAGGAUCUUUCGAGAGGCUGUACUUGCGCAGCACCAUAAUUAUCCUGGGAAUCGUCCUUACAACAAAGCAGAUUUUGCUAAAUGGCUGGGGGACUAUGAUUGUUUGGUAGAGAUACCAAGCUAUUUGGGGACAGGUGCUCUCGAAAUGUAUGCGGAGGAUCCUGAUACUAAAUUCAUAUUAAUUGAGAGGGACCCGGGCAAGUGGCUAAAGUCCAUGAAUAACACCACAGCCCGAGCCAUCCAGAUUGGGAACAUGUUUCCUCUUAAUGUAUUAAAAUUCUUCGAUGAGGAGAUGUAUAGCUUCCUUGAACUCAACAAGGUUCUAUACGGAGUCUGGUCUGAUGGUACGAGCCCCGGCAGCCCCGAAAACGAGAGAGCCCUCCGGGACAAUUAUACCCAGUACACCGCCAUGGCCAAAAGGGUCAUUCCAAAGGAGAGACUGCUGGCCUUAAAACUAGAUGAUGGACUAGGGUGGGAGCAGAUUUGCCCAUUCUUAGGGCUGCCAGUGCCUGACACAGAAUACCCGCGUGUCCGUAAUGAGCCAGAAACGUUCCAAAGAGCAAUAAGUGGCUAUCUCUGGCGCAGAGCUAGAGUAGCUGCCUUCCGGCUCGGGGCUUUGGCUUUGCCCAUCUCUGUAAUUGCAGGCUACUUGUGGUGGGCGUUGUUCUAA